CAGUGGUGGCGGUGGUGGUGGUGGUGUGAAGUACUGAAUAAAAAGUACUGGUCAUGUGAGGAAAGGUAGAGGAAUUACCUUGAUCGAAAAUUCAUUGCUGUUUUUUCAGUCAUCCAAGCUGUGACGCUUCCUUCCUCUGCGACUCAAACUGACGUGUUUUUGUUUGUUAAGCGAUGGCAAACAGGCGGUGCAUAGCCUUCCAGUGACACGCCACCACCACCACCACCACGCCUCCUAGCCCACGGAAGAGGCACUUAGGAGGACUACCGCAACAGAAUAUCGCCGCCCCGCUCUGGACAAGCUACUGACUUUGCAAAUGAUUUCGUUUAAUUAUUUGUGUGUUUGCGAAUUUCAAAUGGUUGCGGUUCAGGGCUGCGGAAGGCGAUGUUCAGUCUGUAGAUGUGCUAUGAAUCUUUUGCCGAAUGACUUAGCUGUUAUGGCGCCGAAUAUUGUCACUCACUUUUGUUGUGGCGAGCGCUGAUAAACUGCACUGCCUUCCUUUCGUCAGUGUUCGUCCGGUAGGUUGCAGUGAGUGAGCAUGACGUCCCUACGAGCAACGCCCUCAGCACCACAAGGAGGUGGAGGAGGAGGAGGAGGAGGCGGAGGCAUGAAGCACCAGUCCUCGGCCGUGCUGAGUGAGGAGGCCAACUCUAAAAUAUUCUCUCUCCUGCCCCCGAAAUCUCAGGUGAAGGCGGCGGGCGUGGUGGCGGUGUUCGAAGCAGAUCCGCCCACGUACGGGGACUGGCGGCCUCUCCUGACGGGCGUCGCCACUCUCACCAAGGAUCGCGCCAGAAAAUGCUACUUCAUUCAGUUGUUUGACAUGGUGGCGUGGGAGUUGGUGCGCGAGGAUGUGAUCAAGCGGGAUUCUACAUAUCACUUCUCCACGACGCUCUUCCACCAGUUCCAAGUUGAGAACGUCAUGAUUGGACUGCGGUUCGCGUGGGAAGGGGACGCCCGCACCUUUGCUAGCGUCGUGCAUGACAUAGUGUCUGGCCAGGCCACCACCAAGGGCGAGGAAGGGCCAUCUUCUCCCGACAAGCAGCCCACCUCCCCGAUCACGCGAGUCAUACAGCAACAGACAAACGGAACGGAGGGAGCAAGACACAGGAAGGAACAAGUAUACAUCCCCUCAGAAACAACGGAGGGGUCACAGACAUCGAAACCUUCAGCACUACAGCCCCGCAAACAGGCACCACCGCCUCCUAAGCAACCCCCACCGUGUCCCAAGCAGCCGCCACAGAAAGGGAAAGGGAAAGACACGCAGGAGGAAACACAAGAACGCCAGACACAACAGAAAACGGAGACGCCACGAGCACAGCAGGAGGCGAGGAGACACCAGAGGCCAGCCGCAGCUUCGCCUACUCCGCCACAACAACAAGGCGUGGAUCAGGUCGCCCAGCUAGGAUUCGCUGGAAUGGCGCUGACAUCCCCCGCUGACAAGGCUGCCGCAACACUUGACAGGCGGCGAGCAGGGAAGAAAAUCACGAAGGAUAUGAUUGGUCAGCCUACGGACUUCCGCCACGUGUAUCAUGUUGGCUUUGACCCAGGCCCAUCGCCCUCUCCCGGCCUCGCGAGUGAAGAGCAACAGAGGCGUGUCCUACCACCCGCCGUGCCCGCCCCGCCACCCCCAUCCCUCAACCACGCCCCCGCCCACGCCCUCUCCACCCGCACAUUGUCCCGCAAUCUCUCCAAGCCUGGGGAGAAACCGCCCCCUCCCCCAUCCAGCCCCGUCACCAAGGCACCUCCCUCCCACCCUCCUGCCCAGCCGUCCCCCUCCCCAACCCCUACCGAGUCCCAGCCUCCUCCUUCCCCUACCAAACCCUCCCCUCCCCCAGCCUCUAUCACUCCUCCACCUCCACCAACUCCCACCACCCCUCCCCCUAUCUUACCUACCCAGCCUCAUCCUGUCCCUGUCAUCCCUACCCAGUCUCCUCCUCUCCCUCCUCCUCCUACUCCUCCUCCUACCCCCCUCACUCCCGAAUCUCCUCCUUCUCCUCCUUCCUCUCCUAGUCCUCCAGAUUCCUCCAUUCCUACAUCUCGUCCAGAUCCUUCGCCUUCUCCUCCUCCUUCAGUUUCCUCUUCCCCUGUUUCAGAAAAUGAUGACCUCUCUCUCUCUCCUACUAAUACGCUCACCACCACUUCGCCUCCACCUCAAGAUUUAGUCUCCCCCACCACACCUACCACAUCACCACUACCACAACCAGCAACAACAACCACAGCCACCAGUAGCGAUGACAGGACCCCAGUCACCCCUCCUACCACCACAAUCACCUCCACCGCCACCCCCAUCAGCGACACGCCCUCCCCUACCCCUGACGCGGAGGCGGGUGAAGUGGCGACUGAAAGAUACGAAUCCCUAAGCUCGGAACUCGAACGUGUGACUCAGAAUCACGAGAACCAAGAAGGCGUAGAUACAGAGAGAGAACCUUCAGUAGAACCUGUUACUUGUGUUGGUUCGCCUUCUCCUCCUCCUUCUCCUCCUCCUGACGUUCCAAAUGAUCCUGUUCCUUCUCCUCCUCCUUCUAUUACUUUUCCUUCUUCUUCUUCUUCCACUUCUUCUUCUUCCAGUGAUGAGGAUAAUUGUGGAAGUGAGGGAGGUGAGAAUAAUUCAUCCACUCCCUCACCCACAUCUUCAUCCACACUCACAGACACACACACACGCCCAGACACAGCCGCAGACCCACAGAUAGACACAAACACACCCACAAAUACAGCCACACUCACGGACACGCCCACAGAUACACCCACACCACCUACACCCCAACCCACACUCACAGACACACUCACAGACACACCCACACCUCAACCUGCACCCACAGAUACACCCACACCACCCACACCCCAACCCACACCCACAGAUACACCCACAUCACCCACACCACCCACACCCACAUCACCCACACCAGUAGUCUUACCCAUUCCACCUCCUCCACCAAGACAGAGGAGGAAGAGAGAUUCCAUUCCUUCCAUCAUUCCACGUCCUUCCUCCUCCUCCUCCUCCACCUCUGAUCCACCUCCGUCUCCUCCUCCUCCCUCCUUCGCCCCUCCCGUCUUUGUUCCACCGCGUAAGUAGAUAAGUCAGUAGUUCUCUCUCUCUCUCUCUCUCUCUCUCUCUCUCUCUCUCUCUCUCUCUCUCUCUCUCUCGUCAUUUCGUUUACCUAUUUAUUGGAUUUUUUUUUGUUAUUGAUAUGAAGGUGAUAUAAUUUGGGAGGUUAUUGAUGAUUGUGAUGCAUAGAAUAGUGAUUGUAUAGUGGCAGUACGCUAUUCGAAUUCGUGUGUGUGUGUGUGUGUGUGUGUGUUAUCACCAUAAUCUAUAUUUACCUGUAUCUCAUUAUUUCAGACCAAUGCGCUUUAAUUAUUAUCCCGCUGUAUAUUAUUUUAUUUAUUGAUUUUAUUUAUUAAUUUUUUUUGCUGUUAAUAUAUCCACGGUGGUGUUGAAUACCCUUUACGUGGGGGAAGAAAGGGGGGUGGGGGGUGAUGGCUCUCUCCCCUUCCUGCAGUGUCACCGGUGAUUUACUCUCGCAACUGCCUAAUUUGUCGUAACUGACCGUCAUGGCACCUCAGUUUGUGUAAGUGCUCUUGGUGGGUUUAGAUUAUAAUUUGAAAUAACACAGAAAUUAUCGAAUAUUCAGUGGUGUGUGUGUGUGUUUGUGUUUCUCUCUCUCUCUCUGUGAUGAAGUGACGGGAUUUUAAGAGUGUUUUUACGGUUCCAGUGACAAACAAGAUUUCUAUAUCAAAAGGAGAAACACUCUUAAGAACCUGGCUGGUCAUCACUGUGGCCUUUGAAAGUAGUUGUUGUGAGAAAGUAAAGCUUUUCUGAAUACGACCUCGAGUUAUCACGAGUCUGCCGAAGUGUAAAUUGUAAAUAAAGAGAAAUCGAGUU